CUCCCUUCAAUCGCAGGGCUGCGCUCACCGACUCGACACCGCCGACAGGGAUGCAGCGAGCGCGCUGCGCAGCCUGAAAAAUGGCACCACCUCGCAUCCUGUGGAUCUAUCCAUCCCUCCACCUCCUGUCCUGCUUGGUUCUGAUCUUCCACGGGUUGACGCCGUGCCGAGCCGUGCGGAACUACCCGGAGAAUGAAGUUACGUUGCUGGACUCCAUGUCCGCCUUGGCUGACCUGGGCUGGGAGGCUUACCCCAACGAAGGGUGGGAGGAGAUCAGUGUGAUGGAUGAGAGGAACACCCCGAUGAGGACCUAUCAGGUGUGUAACGUCAUGGAGGCCAACCAGAACAACUGGCUGAGGACGCGCCACAUCAGCAGAGAGGGAGCGCAGCGCGUCCACAUUGAGAUCAAGUUCACCCUGCGGGACUGUAACAGCCUGCCCGGAGUCCCUGGGACCUGCAAGGAGACGUUCAACAUGUACUACUAUGAGUCCAACAAUGCCAACCUGUGGUUCAUCAAGGAAAGCCAGUAUGUGAAGAUUGACACAAUUGCUGCAGAUGAGAGUUUUACACAGGUGGACGUUGGAGACCGCGUCAUGAAGCUGAAUACGGAGGUGCGCGACAUCAGCAACCUGAGCAAGAAGGGUUUCUACCUGGCCUUCCAGGACCUCGGCGCAUGCAUCGCUCUGGUCUCCGUCCGGGUCUUCUACAAGAAGUGUCCCCUCACUGUGCUUAACUUGGCCCAGUUCCCCGACACGAUAACGGGCGGCGACACGGCGCUGGUGGAGGUCCGCGGCGUGUGCGUGAACGCCUCCGAGGAGUUUGAGGCUCCAAAGAUGUACUGCAGUGCAGAUGGAGGCUGGCUGGUUCCCAUCGGGAGGUGUGUGUGCAAGCCGGGCUUCGAGGAGAACAAGGACGGCUGCCAGCCAUGCAGACCUGGUACCUACAAAGCUUCAGCCACGGAUGCCUACUGCACCAAAUGUCCUCCUCACAGCUCGUCCCCGCAGGAACAGGCCUUCGAGUGCGUUUGCGAGAGAGGUUUCUAUCGGGCUGAGACAGACCCACGCUCCAUGGCCUGCACACGUUCUCCGUCUGCUCCGGAGAACCCCAUCUCCACAGUGAACGAAACCUGCAUCACCUUGGAGUGGUCGCCCCCCAGAGACACGGGGGGCCGGGGGGACGUCACCUACAGCCUCCACUGCAGGAAGUGCUCCGGCGACAGCAGGAAGUGCACCCCGUGUGGCAGCAGCAUCCAUUUCGUUCCCAGGCAGUUCGGCCUCUCUUCACCUACUGUGCUCGUCACCGACCUGCAGCCCGACUCAAACUACAGCUUCACUGUGGAGAGCCAGAACGGAGUGUCGGACUUGAGUCCGACGCCGAAGGGAACUGUGGUCAUCAAUGUGACGACGUCACAGACGGUGAGCGUCGUGUUGAAGGAGCGGCGGAGCAAGGACAGCGUGACCUUGGCCUGGCAGGGUCCGGAGAGACCAGACGGAGCGAUAGUGGAGUACGAGGUCAUCUACUAUGAGAAGAAUCAGCGGGAGCAGAAUUACACAGUCUUGAAGACUCGCUCCAACAUGAUGACAGUGGAAGGGCUGAAGCCGGGGACCACCUACGUGUUCCGGGUCAGGGCCCGAACCGAUGGGGGCUACGGGACCUACGGUGGAGAGAUUGAAUUGGAAACCAGCCACGAAGACGUCUUUCCCAUCGGGGACCCUAACCAGUCCACCAUUCUGGCUGUGUCCAUCGCUGGAGGGAUCGUUCUCCUCGUCUUCCUGGUGACUUGCUUCGUUGUCAGCGGAAGGCACUGUGGAUACAUCAAAGCCAAGCAGGACCCUGAUGAAGAGAAGAUGCAGUUCCAACAUGGCCGAGUCAAGCUGCCAGGCAGUAGGAUCUACAUCCAUCCUCACACCUACGAAGACCCCAACCAGGCUGUCCGAGACUUUGCCAAAGAGAUCGAUGCUUCCAACAUUCGCAUAGAGAGAGUCAUUGGAGCUGGAGAGUUUGGGGAGGUUUGCAGUGGUCGGCUGCGUGUUCAGGGAAAGAGGGAGAUCUACGUGGCCAUCAAGAGCCUGAAGGCGGGAUACUCUGACAAACAGAGGAAGGACUUCCUGUCCGAGGCCUCCAUCAUGGGACAGUUUGACCACCCAAACAUCAUCAGGCUGGAGGGCGUCGUGACAAAAUGUAAACCAGUGAUGAUCAUAACGGAGUUCAUGGAAAACGGAUCUCUGGAUACUUUUCUCAAGAAACAUGACGGCCAGUUCACGGUGAUCCAGCUGGUCGGCAUGCUGCGCGGCAUCGCCUCCGGCAUGAAGUACCUGUCGGACAUGAGCUACGUUCACCGAGACCUGGCGGCUCGGAACAUCCUGGUCAACAGCAACCUGGUGUGUAAAGUGUCCGACUUUGGCCUGAGUCGAGUUCUGGAGGACGACCCAGAGGCCGCCUACACUACGAGGGGAGGGAAGAUCCCCAUCAGAUGGACGGCUCCGGAGGCCAUCGCCUACAGGAAGUUCACUUCUGCCAGCGAUGUGUGGAGUUACGGCAUCGUCAUGUGGGAGGUGAUUUCAUACGGAGAGAGACCCUACUGGGAGAUGUCCAACCAGGAUGUGAUCAAAGCAAUAGAUGAAGGUUACCGCCUUCCCGCUCCCAUGGACUGUCCCGUUGUGUUGCACCAGCUCAUGCUGGACUGCUGGGAGAAGGGACGCAGCGACAGGCCAAAGUUUGGACAGAUUGUCACAAUCCUGGACAAGCUCAUCAGAAACCCAGCCAGCCUCAGAGAGCUGGCCAACAGCUCAGCAUGCAGGGAGGACCCGUCCACCCCAGAGCUCAGUGUGAACACAGUGGAUGAGUGGUUGGAGGCCAUCAAGAUGGGCCAGUAUAAGGAGAACUUUUCCAGUGCUGGAUAUGUCAGCUUGGACUCAAUCCUCUACAUCAGUGUCAGUGAAUUGGCUAAGAUGGGUGUGACUCUUGCCGGGCACCAGAAGAAGAUUUUGUCUAGCGUGGAGAACCUGCAGAGCCAGGGGACGCACGUCCAAGUAUAACAAUUUCCCUCAGAAACACACAGUGCGACAGAGCUGAAAACGGAGGCUCCUGUAUUGGAGUUUCCCCACUGAAUAGGAGUCGUGAUGGAUACUCUGAGCUCGGGCCUUCACUGGUUUCGAGAUACACCGAGACAGAGACAACAUGGACGCUCGCCUCCUUCACCCUCUCGCAGCUUCACCGUUCUUCCCAUCCUCCAUGGGCUUUGGCACUCAAAGUCCGAGCAACACCGGCACCGUUACAGAGCAGCAGAGAGACACGCGUCCACCGCAGAACAUUUCACCACAUAUCAGCUCAACAAAGAGAAAAAAAAAUGUUAACAAAAAAAGUGACACAAAAAAAGUUAGAAUAUAAUGAUCAUCAAUGUCUGUGAGGUGUACAUUUUUUAAUUUUUUAACUGUCCUUUUGUUUUCCGUUCUAAGAGCUUAAAAAGGGUCAGAAGAAAUGUAUAUGUGUAGAUAUAUGUUUAUAUGGGCUGUGUGUGCCACAACCGUAGAGAUGGACCUAAUGUUUGUAUUGGUGGUGAGGUUUAUAUUGCUCAACCUUAACAGGGGUUCUUCCCUAGUAAAUGUAUGGCCCCCUCCAUUGUAUACAGAAAGCCAAUAAAUGAGCAGAGAUUACGAAUGACAUGAAUGUGUAGGUUGAGGGUAACAGAAAAACUGGACCUUUUAGAGACAGAGCGGUAUCUCCAUUUUAUUAGCUCAUGUAGGAUUGAAGUAGUAGUCCUUUUAAAUUGUGUAUUUAACCAGGACAAGGGCUUCUCCAGAGACGGCUCUAAGACCCACUUCCAUUGCAACUAGACCCUGUGCACCUUUGCUUGUCUGCCUGCGCUCGUGAUGUAUCAAAGUGCAACGGAAACAGUCAGCUGCAGUUAUCACAGGCUCGUUUUUCUUCUUCCAUAAGUGACUGUGUAUUCCAAACAACAUUGUUUAUUCAGCCGUUACAGUGUGAUGAUGUCUGGAAUAUUUCAAGUCCAAAAGUUAACCGUCCCACGUUUCAGGUGUGUUAAGAAAGUUCUAGUGUUUUUGUGUGGAGGGAAGGGGAUGCCACGCUCAUCAUAGAGUCGACACAGUUAAGAAUGUCUACCAUGUUUUUUCCAGUGUUGUGCCAAGUAAAGUAACCUUGAAAUGUUCACCUGGGCAAUUUAGCAUAAUUUAUACAGUACUCCGUCCUUUCAUCAGUUCCUAUGGCUGGAUGGUAAUAUGAGGCCAGCCACAGUAAAUGCAGUGUUUUGUUAAAAUGGUCUGCUUGAUGAGAAGGAGCCUCUGAAUACACCCUUUUUCCAGCAUUUCCCCAGCGUUGAUUUUACUCCGAGCCAACACAAGAGGGUACAUUUUACUUUAUAAAGAAAGUUGAUUUGUGUGACUUGUUUGGUCCUAAUUACUUGUUACCUGUCAUGCCAGCCUAUUUCAAGCUACCCAAGUUUCAAACCAUCGCUGAAACGCUAAAUUUACAACCCUGUUUACAGCAAAUAUAAACCAAUUGGUUUGUUUUUGUUUUUUCCCUUAUCAAAGGGAAACUGCUGCUUAUCGCAUUAAAUACAAAGUUAGAUAUAUUGGGACCCUCUUGUGCUCUGCAUUUAUCACACUAAACCUGCUUUAGUGUAUUCCCAAACCCAAUUAUAAUUUAUGUGGUACUCCAUAGGACCAACAGUGGCAAAAGGUACAGUAUAUAUUAUUGUAUUAUAGUGUAAAAUAUGUACAGCGUUGAUUUAAAAUGUUAGAAUGUUUGUAAUGACAACAAUGAUGAUGACUAUGAUGUCCUUUUAUUGUGAAAGAGAUUUCUGAAGCUCUCGUUCAGGAGCAGGUUACACAGGAGAAAAGUGAAGGGAGGGGAUUUGUUGGUAUGAACAAAGGAAUGUAGCAUGGUGCGGAGCGUCAGCUUUGAUUGACAGGUGGCAGUGACUGCAGCUCUACCGUAUCGUUAGAAUGAGUAGAAUGAACUUCCCUUGUUGAUACUCUAGCGUAAUUUGCAUACCCCCCUUAAACAGUAAUGACAUGCACUUUUUAAGCCUGUGUCCUUAAAAAAGAAUGCUUACAUACAAAGGUUACCACUGCAAGGAUGGAAGUGAAGGGUCAGAGAUUAGACAUUUCCAUAGAUCAAAUUAGCGCUGAACCCCUCCCCAAAAACACAUUUUUUGGGGGAGGGGUCCAAUCACAGGUUGGCAAUCGUAGCUAGGAACAGAAGACCUUUCAAUCACAUCCGCGUGCUGGAGCAAGUUGCAUGUACUUGGCAUAGAAAGACUUUGGAAGGUGGCAACUUUUUUCAGCAUUUCAGAAACCAAUAUGCACGGGCAAAAGAGCACAAGUAGUUCUUCAACCGCUUGCAUCCCCCCCUCCCCUCACUUGAAGCUGGUAUUUGAUGCUUUAAGAGUUACUGUCAAGGUCGGCUGUUGUUGAAACCUAUUAUUGGAUUCUUUAGGUUUAUAGCAGAGCAGCCAACAGCCAAGGAGAUGGCGCUUCAUGUACCAAGCACAUUGGUUGGUUUUCAUACUAAAAGCCUUUUCCCUUGAAAUGUUAAAAAUGGGCCGUGUUGUUGAUAAUUAAAGUGUGACCCCUCUUUAACCUUUUUGUACAGGGUUUUCAAUUUAAAACAAGUUAGCAGGAAACACUAAAAAAAUGGAACUCAUGGAGCUAAAGUAAGCUUAGAUAGCUUAGCUAGCUACAGCUAUCAAAUAUGUUUUUGACACUGGUCGAUUUUAGCCAGGAUGAAAUUAUGUUAAUGUCCAAAAACUUGAAGUUUUUUUUGUCUAUGCUUGUCAGAAAUCAAGGAUUUAAAAAAUAAUUUGAGACUUUUGCAUCUCUCAACGUGCCAAUCGACAGCAAAAAGCUUAGCAACUGUUUCCGAGGGGGCCAUAACUUGUGGGCAGCCUCAGUGGGUCAAAGAGUGAACAUUUCAACCACUAUGAGGCGUUUGUAUUUUUUCAGCCUUAUUGUUUGCAAAUACAAUAAAAAUGUAAUUUAAUUCGGAGAGUAUGAAACUACAUUCUACUCUUGCUAACUCCAUGAUUUCACUCUGGCGGACUACUCUUGACCGCCGGCCUUUUAGAUGCCUUAUUCACUGUUGCCCUAUAGAGGCGAUAUUAAGAGUAAAGUAUAUGUACAGGUAUUAUUUAUCUGUGUUCUUAAGAUUACAUGUAACAUCCCAGAGACCCUUUCUUCAAAAAGACCUUCUCUUUGAUUCCUCGAAGCAGAACAAAGUCAAUAUGUCGUAUCAUAAAUCUUAAAAGGUUUUCACCUGUAAAAGGUGAUUCCAGAAAUUGAUUGUUUCUACUUAUUUUCAUUGAGUCAUAAGACAUUCAAUUUGAUUAUAGGUUGAAUAACAAUAUAAUAGGCUACAUUUGCUUGCAAAAAUGAUUUUCACUGGCAAAUUGUCUGUUACAAUGUCAGGAUUAGAACAAGACAAUUUUAAGUAUCACUCCAAAAAAACAGGUGAGAUGCAACAAUAUCGCUUUAAAACAUAUUCAACACUCCCACGUCAAACAUUUGAAUAAUGUCGAGAUCAUACGCUCACUAUUCACCCUAGGUAAGGUUUGAUUUACUUAUACGCAAAACCAUGUGUCCUCAGUACCCCGCCAGGUCUGUAUUGUGAGUGUUAAAGAGUGACCCUCAUUCAUCCCUCCCCCCCCCCUUCCUUUGGCCACCGUACAAUGCUUAUUUGUCAGCAUUCUAGUUUCCUCAGCGUUGCUUGUUAUAAAGGGUACAGGCAUCCUAAUGUCUUUCAUGUUGCUGUAAUAAAUAUGCUAAUAUUUCUAAUUUCUCA